CCCAGGCCUUCCCGGAAGUCGGGCGGCGGUCCGUGCGGGGUGGGCGUGGCCGAGGCGCUCCCGGAAGUCGGGCGCGGGCCGGUUAACUGGCCGCAGCGCGGCGGCUCUCCCGCUGGCGGGUGGUUUCGGUCUGGCGGUCCGAGGGCGGAGCCCUGCCUCCCGUGUGAUGUUGGAACCAACCGACGCCGUUCCCGCUGUCGAGCUGGUGGGGGAGGUGGGGUUUUACGGCGGUGUCAUUGAGCGGCGGCAGCGCGUCACGCAGGCGCCGGGGCCCGGCCUCCUUACCGCCCUUCGGAAGGACCUUCGCCUGGGGCCUGGGGCCGCCGCGGCUCGCGGGACAGGAGCGUUUCCGCGUAGCCUCGGCCGGAGCGGGCAAGUGGGAGAGAAGGGUCCACAGCGGCGAAGGGGAAGGAUGUCGUAACCCCAGGAGGCCUCGUCCGUGGUCAGUGGCGUUUGCUUUUACCAAGCGCUCCACGAUCUCGUCGGAGUUUUUGAAGAGGGCGAGCUAAGUUCUUCUCCCCUGAGCCGUGGACAAAACCCCGCCAGAGGCGUGGUGGUUGGUUGUCUCUCGGCCUGUUGCUGAUCGUUUGGCUGCUCCUUGCUCAGAGCUCUUGUGUAUCUUGGACAAAGCCUGAAGCCUUUACACUCAACCAACUUUGCCGACGUCCUUCGGUCUUUAGACCACUGUUCUUACCCCAAGGUUUUACACUCGGAGAAAUCAAGGCAGGCGUGAACUUGGCCCUGUAGAGUGACUUCGUGCUUGAUCUGCGUUUUGUAACCAUCAGAGAAGAAGCAUGUGUUAGCGGAAGUUUGAGUGGAGAAAGGAAAGACUCUGCCAUGUUAGAGGCAUCAUUCAACUCCAAGAGUUACUGCCUUUACCGUUAGGCCGCAGUGUCCUAAGGGCGCAGCGCUGAGGGAGAAAGAAGUUGUGUGUUUGGGGCUUUCCGAGCGCUCGAAGGAAGGCAGACAUGUCUCUGGAUGACAUUAAGAUGAAAUCUGCUGACUUUCUGGAGAAGGAGGACCUGGAGAGCGGAGGCUUCGGAAAGGUGUCCUUGUGUUUUCACAAAUCCCACGGACUCGUGAUUCUGAAGAAGGUGUACACGGGCCCCAAGCGCAAUGAGUACAACGAGUCCCUGCUGGAGGAGGGCAGGAUGAUGCACAGGCUGCGACACAGCCGCGUGGUGAGGCUGCUGGGCGUCGUCAUGGAGGAGGGGGACUACUCGCUGGUGAUAGAGUACAUGGCGAAGGGCGACCUCAUGCGGGUGCUCAAGGCCCAGACCCCGGUCCCUCUGUCUGUGAAAGGGAGGAUCGUCAUGGAGACCAUCGAAGGCAUGCGCUACCUGCACGGCGAGGGCGUGAUUCACAAGGACCUCAAGCCCCAGAACAUCCUCGUUGACGACGACUUUCACAUUAAGAUCGCCGACCUCGGCGUGGCGUCCUUCAAGACGUGGAGCAAACUGACGAAGGAGGAGCAUAACGAGCAGCGGAAGGCGACCAGCACCGCCAAGAAAAACGGGGGCACCCUCCACUACAUGGCCCCCGAGCACCUGAACGACGUCAACGCCAGGCCCUCGGAGAAGUCGGACGUGUACAGCUUCGCCAUCGUGCUCUGGGCCAUAUUCGCCAAUAAGGAGCCCUACGAAAAUGCCAUCUGCGAGCAGCAGCUGAUCCUGUGCAUCAAGGCGGGGAACCGGCCGAGCGUGGACGACAUCGUCGAGUUCUGCCCACGGGAGGUGGUCGGCCUCAUGAAGCAGUGCUGGGCGCUGAGUCCGGACGACAGGCCCACCUUUGCUGGCAUUGAAGAAAAAUAUAGGCCUUUUUAUCUAAGUCAGUUGGAAGGAAACGUGGAAGAGGAUGUGAAGAACUUACAGAAGGAGUACCCGAGCCAGAACGCCGUCGUGAAGAGGAUGCAGUCUCUGCAGAUUGACUGUGUAGCCGUAGCCCCGAGCAGGUCCAAUUCAGCCCCAGAACAGCCAGGUUCGCUGCACAGCUCGCAGGGCUUCGGGAUGGGCCCCGUGGAGGAGUCCUGGUUUGCCCCCUCCGCAGAGCACCAGCACGAGGAGAACGAGCUCCACCUGCAGAGCAAACUCCAGGAGGAAGCCAACUACCAUCUUUUCGGCAGCCGCAUGGACAGGCGCACCAAGGAGCAGCCGGGUGGCAGCUCGGUCUACGGCGGGGAGGAGGAGAGGCGGCGCAGGGUCUCGCACGACCCCUUUGCGCAGCAGAGGCCUUACGAGCCGGCCCAGGGCCCCGCGGUGAAAGGCCUCGCUUGUGCCGGUCCUGGUAGCGCCGCCCAGCACCCGGCGGGGCUGAGCAGCCACCCGCAGCCGCUGUACCAGAGCCAUGGGUCGCACAAGCCUCAGGGCUUGGGAGCAAGGCCCCUGGAUCUGGGAGCCGCAGAUCGAAGAGUUUGGUACAUGCCGAGUCAAGGCCACCGGCCAAGCCUGUAUAAGACGCCGGUGCCCGAGACCGACCUGCUGGGCAACACGCCCACCCUGCCCUUCGCCUCCCUGCCAUCAAGAGAGGCGUCUCCCAGAUACAUCCUGUAUGGCAACUCUGGCGUCCAGAUUGGCGACCACAACUACAUGGAGCUCGGCGGAGCGAGCGCCUCAGUCCUGGACAGCAUGUGCCCGCACGUGAAGGAAGAGCCCGCUUCCAAGUACCAGGCCGUCUUCGAGAACACCACCAGCCUGACGGAUAAACACCUGGACCCGGUCAGGGAAAAUUUGGGAAAGAACUGGAAAAUCUGUGCGCGGAAGCUGGGCCUCACCCAGUCUCAGAUCGAAGAGAUCGACCACGACUAUGAGCGGGACGGACUCAAAGAAAAGGUUUACCAGAUGCUGCAGAAGUGGCUGAUGAGGGAGGGCAGCAAGGGGGCCACGGUGGGGAAGCUGGCCCGGGCGCUCUACCAGUGCUCCCGGCUGGACCUCCUCAGCUGCCUCAUCCUCAGCAGCCAGAACUAGGUCCCCGGGCCCUGGCAGCGGGGGGCGGACCCCCUGAGCCAGCGCGCUGCCUUGGACGGGCCAGAGCUCCCCCCGCACUCAGGGCCCCCGUGUCUGCGCGGAGCGCGUGUCUGCAUCGCCCGGCGGCGAGCGGGCGGCCGGGGCCGCAAACAACACUAGACAGGAAAGUCCGGCCACAGCCACGGCCACGGCCCCGUCAAGAAGAAGCCUCACCGGGUUUUGAAAAGGAGCGAAGCCGUCUUCUGGGUCGUUUCCCUUCAGAUGGUUCCGUAACCUGCAGUUAUGCUGCUCCUUUAGUUCUUGGGGUCUUAUUUGAACAAGAAAAAAAUUCACUGAACCUGAAGCACACAUCACCUUUCUCACUUUGCACCCUCCUCUCCACGCGGACUCCUGUUAAAACCAAAGUUCUGUAAAAUCCUCAGUUCUCCUCAAGUGCGAGGUUCUGGUGCCACAGCCAUGGUUCCCGCUAAAGUGUCUGUUAACUCGAGGAUCAAGUUCUGCGUCGGUCACCACAGGCUUUAAGAGGUACAUGCAGUCGCAGUUCCGUGUUCAUGAGGAAGCGGGUUCGAUCCUGGCCUUGCUUAGUGGGUUGAGGAUCUGGUGUCACCGUGAGCUGUGCUAUGGGUCGCAGGUUUGGCUUGGAUCCCAUGUUGCUGGGGCCGUGGUGUAGGCUGGCAGCUGCAGUUCCACGGCUCUGAUUCGACCUGAAAACUUCCGUAUGCUGCAGGUGCGGCCCUAAAAAGCAAAAGUAAAGAGGAAAAAAAAAUUAUAUGUGGUCUUCACUGCGAAAAUUAACCGAAGGGAUUUUAAGGAGUACUGUGGGCGGCGGGGGGGGGGGAAUGGGGAAGAAAUUUUUCCCAGGCUGUUGUUGCACAAAAUUGCUAUGAACUGUGACGCGCCUUUAGUUUUCGGUUGUGUGCGGGCCCUGCAGGGGCGGGGCGUGCAUCUGGGCUCAUUGCUGCGAGGCGGCCUCCCCGCCCACCUGCCCCAGCGUGAUGGACACAGCUGCAUCUUUCUCUGUGCCCUUCAUGGAAAUGGACAGCUUCGAAGCCUGGGGACCCUGCCAGCAGCUCUCACCCUUUCAGAGCCCACCUGAAGUCACGAGGGAGUGAGGAGCAGAGGGCUAGAAGAGAAGGGUAGCCAGGUCCCCUGGCGCCCCUGCCAGCACCUUGGUGCCAGGAGGGAGGGACAGAAGGCCAGUGUGGCCAACGGGCUGCCAGAACAGUGUGUUUGGUGGGAUGCUGUCAGUAUUGGUGGUUCUGAUUCUGAAUCUCCUCCAGUCCUGGCAGAUACGGCACACACACACACACACACACUCGCACGUGCACUCCCCUGAAGGGCUGCAGAGCAGGGGUUCUUGACCUUGGCAUCCUGAGCUGGAUGACCCUUUGUUGUGGGGACCAUCCUGUGUCCUGUGCCUUGUAGGACAUGUGGAAGCAUGGCCUCUGCUCACGAGGCCCUCGGGCUGUGUCCACACACACACACACACACCCCGUGACAGAAAUGUCUCUGGACAUUCAGAGGCAGUGGAGGGGCAGAAGUGCCCCAGCUGAGACCAGCACUGCCAUAAAGCAGUGAGCCUGUUUUCUUACGCACACAUUCCAGGCUCGCUGCGUAAGGCCACACAGCAUGAAAUCACAGGGGCUGAGAGGGAAGCUGAGGGGCACACAGUCCCAGGCUUGCAAAGGGGGCUGGCUGAUUUCUUUUCCAGAUGCAUCCCUCGUACCUGUAUUCUAACAGUGUUCUAAUCUCUCUACAUUCCAAAGAAACUGAUCAAUAUUGGGGCAAAAAUGGAAGAUAUUUUUAAGGGACUUUUUAAAAUAAAAAUUUUGUACUUGAAACGUAA